CCUCCCCUAUAUAAACCCCACACGCGGGGAAAGGUGUCCUCAUUAACUGAAAAGAAAGCUAGCUCGUCGUCGUCACUUUCAAUCGAAUCGUUUCUCGCUUGGAUCGCUUCGUCGGAGAACUCAGCCAGCUUCUCUUCUCGCUCUGAAACUAUCGAAUCGGUGGAGGAGAUUCGCCAGAUCGAGAAAGUUCGUCAUCUCUUCGUAGUGUGUGAAUCAUUCUUUUUAAUCUUUCUCUGUGCGUUUCCGUGAUUAGAUCCUUCGUUUCCUUGGAUGUUUCUAUGGUAAUUGAUUGUUCUCAUACGGUUCAGAUUUGAUUGAUUGGAUUAGGUUAGGUUUCUGUGUGUUGGAUGAGAGCAAGUAGAAAUCGUAGGCCUAAUAGUAAACCAUCCAGCUGAUUUAGUUUCGUGCUUCGUAGAUAUAAAACAGAGUAUGAUGAACCGUGAGUCAGUCUUUGAGUUGGCAAAGGGUGUUUCUUGGAGAAUCUUUUUGGAAGUGUUCUCAUUCAAGGUGAGCCUGAGAGCUGACAGCUCUGAGCUGUGUUCUAGUUAACGGAAGGAUCCAGAAGAGUUGAGGAAACAUUCCUUCUUGUGUCUGCUGUUGAAGAUUUUAUUCUCUACUCUCACCUUAUUUGUUGCUACCCUCGGCAUGGAUAUUUUUUGUUCGUUAACCCAGACCAAUGCAAUCUUCGUUCUACAUAAAAGCCAUGUAAAUCUUAAAACCUUUCUCUUGUCUGGCCAAUAGUGCUUUUUGAAGAAGGCCUCUGCUUGCUCACUAGUUUUUUGUAGCCUCCUUGAGUUUCCUUAGACCUAUAUCAUGACUAGAUUGAUGUUCCCUCUAGCCUUUGGAGUUUGUGAACUUGUCAGUAGAACUUUCUUGUAACUUCUUAGUUCCUUUAGCUUCAAGAGAAAACAGGCCAGAGUCAAAGGAGUAACUUUUCAGGCUUUUGUUCCUUUUAAGAAAUUUCUGAUUCCAUACGUUGACUGAUGGUGCAGUGUGGCAUUGGGAGGUAGGUCUGUCCAUUUUGGACACCCAACCCAUCAUUUUAACCCGGUUUUUCCCAUUUUUUUUUAUGUCAGUCCCAAACCUUGUUUUGAUCUUAAUUUGCCUUGCUUAUCCCCCAGAUUUCAAGAACUGAAGUGAGCACUCAGUGUGCUAAGCUUUUAUUACUUUAUGAAGGCUCCAUCAUCAUCCAAGAGGGCUGUUUUUAGUUUUCCGUUGAACAGGAUAAUUGUAAAUUUUUCUUGUUUUUUAUGAUACUUGCCUCUUGGAGAAAGCUAGUUGGAGCCGUUUCAUAACUGGAUUGUCUUGGUGAUGAUUUGGAUUGGUCUACUGCAAUGUAGAUGGAAGCAACAGUUCAUCGAGUUUUUUCAGGUUACAUAAGCUUUUGCAACAGCUAGCCAGUAUCAUUCACAGAUAGCUCGUAAUGGAGGGGGUACACUUCGACCAUUUCGUUGAGCAACCUCAGAAGACUGACCGAGAUAAGAGUGGGAUGCUCAGCCCUCAUUCACACAAUGAAAAAACUGAGUCGUUGAUUCUGGAACCAGAGGCGGCAGAGUCAUUCUCAAAAGAAAUACUUGAUAGAGGAGAAAUGGAGCAUGGAUGUCCACAUUACAGAAGAAGGUGUUGCAUUAGAGCUCCUUGCUGUGAUGAGAUCUUUGGUUGCCAUCACUGUCAUAAUGAGGCGAAGAACAGUGUAAGUGUAGAUCAGAAACAGAGUCAUGAUAUUCCUCGCCAGAAAGUUGAACAGGUUAUUUGCUUACUCUGUGGCACUGAACAAGAGGUUCGCCAAACUUGUACUAACUGCGGAGUAUGCAUGGGGAAAUACUUCUGUGAAGCCUGCAAGCUCUACGAUGAUGAUACAUCUAAAAAACAGUAUCACUGCGACGGCUGUGGAAUUUGCAGAAUCGGCGGACAUGAAAAUUUCUUUCACUGUCACAAGUGUGGCUGUUGUUACUCAAUCCUUCUCAAGAACAGUCACCCUUGUGUUGAAGGAGCAAUGCAUCACGACUGUCCCAUUUGUUUCGAGUACCUCUUUGAAUCACGGAACGAUGUAACUGUACUGCCCUGUGGACACACCAUCCAUCAGAAGUGCCUGGAGGAAAUGAGAGAACAUUACCAAUACGCGUGCCCGCUGUGCUCAAAAUCUGUAUGCGACAUGUCAAAGGUGUGGGAGAAAUUUGACGUGGAGAUUGCUGCUACACCAAUGCCAGAACCAUACCAGAACAGAAUGGUUCAGAUCCUCUGCAACGACUGUGGGAAAAAAUCGGAGGUGCAGUACCAUGUGGUGGCUCAGAAAUGUCCAGACUGCAAAUCAUACAACACUCGCCAAACCCGAGGCUGAACUGAAGCAGGCUUUUUUUUCUGAAAACAUGGCGUUUUCGAGUUGGUGUUUGCUAUCAGAUGCAUUUAAAGAGCAAUUCACUUGAGCCAAUCGUGUCAUUUGGCUCCUUCACUUGAGUGAGAGUCUCAUCUCUUUACUCUCUGUUUCAGCAUUAUCUGGUUGGUCUUUUGUUAGCUGGUGUUCUGUAAUAAGCCCUAGUUGUUUUCCAUUACUACAUGUCUCCUUUGUCCUUACUCUUGUGUUACCAGUUAUUGAAUAGUUUCAUUCGAUCUUAAAUCAAA